UCUGACAAACCGCAUCUGGAAGAAAGUGCAUUUGAAGCACUAGAAGAAGACUUCCAAGAAGUCAUCAAUCUACUUAAGGAAGAUGAAACUCUGGAAAAAUUCCGAAUAGAAUAUGAGAAGCUCCAUGCUGUUAUGAAGAAAUCUCAUGAAAAUGAAAAACGUCUCAUGGAGAAAUGCAGGGAGCUGAAUGCUGAGCUUGCAUUGCAUUCAUCUAAAGUAGCUGUGCUUACAAAGCUCUCUGAAGCUGAUAAGGAAACUAUAGCAUCAAUGAAGACGGAGAUGGAAAAGGCCUGGAGAAUGGUUGAUAUAGUCUAUGAAAAGGAACAGAAAGCAAAGGAGAAGAUUAAUUCACUGCAAGAGGAAGUAGUACGCCUAAGUAGUUUAGUGAAGCAAGGAUCUGGACAAUCCCUGGGACAGGAGUUCAGUAUCCAGGAUUUACUUAAACUUGAAGAAGUAACAAAAGAGCGAGACCAACUGUUGUCAGAGGUUGUGAAGUUACGUAAAAGUCUAACUCAAGCCACAGAGCAGCAGCAGGAUGCAGAGAGGGCAAAAAAUGAGGCAGAUCAAUCCAUUAUGCAGCUUCAGCAAGAAAUCCAGAUGCAUCAGAAUGAUGCCUCACGAGAGGCUCGAAAGAGGGACAAAAUGGAGAAGGAGCUGAAAAAUCUUCUAAGUGAAAUGGAUGAAAAGCAAGCUGAGAUCAAUGAUUUACAGCAGUGUAUACAGACAAGCAAAGAGGAACAACUGAAAAUGGAACAGAAUCUGAAAGAGGAGAAGAUCUUGAAUGAGAGAACUGGUAAGGAACUUGAGCAAUUUCAGACGAGAUGUAAUAAGCUUAUGCAAGAGAACGAGCAGCAGAACAUGAUGUUUGAAGAGGUGAUGCGGGACAUCCAGCAGAAGACAGCAGAACUGAAAGCCAAAGAUGAUGAAGUGACUCAGAUGCGCCUUGAAAUUUCAAAGCUGAGCAAAUUGAGAGAUGUUCUCCAGAAUAAGCUGCAUGUUGCAGAGGAACAAAAAAUUGAUGCAGGGCAUGAGAGAAACACCCUAAAAAGUCAAAUAUCUGGACUGGAGAGAGAGUUGGAGACUGCCAAAAAGCAGAUGGAGAAUGACAGAAAAGCUACAGAUGAUCUUAUGAGGGAAAGGGAUAUGCUAAACAAGAACUUGCUCAAGGCCACCAAUGCUACUCAGAAGCAGAUAAAUUUGGUGAAGCUUCAUGAACAGUCAAAGAGGAACUUGGAAGAAGAAAUUCAAAAUUAUAAGAAUGAAGCUCAGAAACAAAGGAAGAUUAUUUACCAAUUGGAGAAGGAGAGAGAUGGUUUCGUCAAUGAAGCCUCUGAGCUGAAACAGAAGGUUCUCCAGUACAUGAAAGAUAUUGAAAUACGGGAAGUGCAGAUCUGUGACUAUGAGAAGAAGGUAGAAGAGUCUGCAAUGAAAUUAAAACAGCAACAAAACCACUGUGAAACUGUGAGAGCAGAGAAGAACCUGUACAGUAAAAAUCUGGUUGAAGCUAAGGAUGAGAUAGCAGAACUGAAGAAGAAACUGAAAAUUAUGACGCAUCAGGUGGAUCAGCUGAAAGGAGAGGUCACAGACAAGGAAGCAGCCCUUGUGCAAGCACAUCUACAGCAUCAGCAAACAGAGAAAGAGAAGGAACUAUUGAAAGCUGAACUGCUUAAGAUGAAAAAAGAGGCUCUGGAAGCCAAACACUUUAUAGAAAAUCAGGAGGCAGAAGAGAGAAGACUCCUAAAAAUCAUUGCUGAAGCUGAUGCUGAGAGGCUGAGGCAGAACAAGGAAAUUGAGAGGGUUAUCACUGAGAGAGAUAUCCUAGGGGCCCAGAAUGUUCAGCGCAAUGAUGAAGUGGCUCUGCUCUAUGAAAAGAUAAAAAUCCAACAGUCCAUCUUGAACAAGGGUGAAACCCAGUACCGGCAGAGAAUGGAAGACAUCCGGCUUCUCAAGCUGGAGAUAAAAAAACUUCGCCGUGAGAAAGGGAUACUGGGCAAGAAUGUGGCUAACGUGGAGGAGCUCAGACAUGAGAUUUAUCACAUGCAGAAAGAACUGCUGAGGGCACAGGCUCGGUGCAGAGUUUUGGAAGAAGAACUGGAGAAUCCCAUGAAACUUCACAGAUGGAGAAAAUUAGAGGCCAGUGACCCAAGUACCUAUGAGCUGAUUCAGAAAAUACAGAGACUACAGAAGCAGCUUAUCAGCAAGACAGGUGAAGUGAUAGAGAAAGAAUUACUUCUUCAGGAAAAGGAGAGACUGUAUGUGGAUUUGAAGCACGUCUUGGCCAGGCAGCCUGGUCCUGAAGCUGCAGAACAGUUGCAGCUCUACCAGCACACUCUUCGAGAGAAGACAAAACAGCUGAAAGCUUUGUCCUCAGAAUUGACUAUGUAUGAAUCACAGAGCCAAGGAUACAAAUAUGAAAUUGAAAGGCUUGCCAGUGAGCUUCUGAAUGUGAAGAAGAAAUAUCUGGCUCAGAAACGCAAGGAACAACAGGCCAAGGAGAAGGAGCAAUCCUUGACCAACAUGGAGCCUGAGUUUCCACACCACAAGCCUGAUGUUCCUCGCUUCACUGGAGGGGGCUUUGCUAUCAACAGACCCCUUCCCAACAUUACAGCUUAG